CAGCAUCCCUACGUCAGAGCACAGGCAUGGCUUGUAAAACCCACAUGACAAGUGUUGUUAGUGUGCUUUUUCUGUCAGUGUCAAACCCUCGGCUGUAGAGGCUGGAAGGAAUUUUAACUUGAGACCACACAAUUUGUUAUAAAGACAAAUAGGGAUCCGCUGACCGGAUCAAAUCACUCUUACGAAGAAGUACAUCAAUCCUCCGUUGAAACGUGUGAAAGGGGACGCUAACGAAACAUGAUGUCUGUAUUGGGAAGCUCGAUUCGGCUUAUUCAAUUUGCCAGGUGCAGUAACGCCAUAAGCCUGUGUGUUACGACACCUCUCAGAAGACAGUCUAGUAGUGCAACUGCUGCAGCCUUCGUCCAGCCAGCCUCCACAGCGACCCCAGAAGCUGUGGAAAACAGAAAGCCCAAAACGGGGAUCCUAAUGAUGAACAUGGGAGGACCUGAGAAACUGGACGAUGUUCACGAUUUCCUGCUGCGCCUCUUCUCCGACACCGAUCUGAUGAAGCUUCCUGUUCAGAAUCGACUUGGGCCGUUCAUAGCGAAGCGGCGCACCCCUAAGAUCCAGGAGCAGUACAGCCGGAUCGGAGGAGGCUCCCCUAUCAAGGCCUGGACCACCAUGCAGGGAGAGGGCAUGGUCAAACUGCUGGAUGAGAUGUGUCCAGAAACAGCGCCUCAUAAAUUCUACAUAGGAUUCCGCUACGUGCAUCCGCUGACGGAGGAGGCUAUUGAGGAGAUGGAGAAGGAUGGAGUAGAGAGAGCAGUGGCUUUCACCCAGUACCCACAAUACAGCUGUUCUACAACAGGCAGCAGUCUGAACGCUAUCUAUCGAUACUACAGCAGCAGAGCAGACAGGCCUAAGAUGAGGUGGAGUGUCAUCGACCGCUGGCCCACACACCCCCUGUUGGUCGAGUGUUUCUCCCAGCAUGUCCUCAACGAGCUGCAGAAGUUUCCCCCAGAGAAGAGGGAUGAUGUGGUUAUCCUGUUCUCAGCUCACUCACUACCCUUGUCUGUGGUGAACAGGGGAGAUCCGUACCCUCAGGAGGUUGGAGCCACUGUGCAGAGAGUCAUGGAGAGACUACAGCACUGUAAUCCUUACCGCCUGGUCUGGCAGUCCAGGGUUGGUCCUAUGCCGUGGCUGGGCCCUCAGACAGAUGAUGUCAUCAAGGGUCUUUGUGAACGGGGGAAGAAGAACCUGCUACUGGUCCCCAUCGCCUUCACCAGCGACCACAUCGAAACGCUGCAUGAACUGGACAUCGAGUACUCUCAGGUGCUGGGAGAGGAGUGUGGCGUAGAAAACAUCAGAAGGGCUGAAUCUCUGAAUGGAAACCCAAUAUUUUUCCAGGCUCUGGCAGACCUGGUCCAAACCCACCUGAAGUCAAACGAGUCCUGCUCCCGUCAGCUCACCCUGCGCUGCCCACUGUGUACCAACCCCACCUGCGGAGAAACCAAGGCCUUCUUCGCUAAUCAGAAAUGACCCUCUUCCUCAACCAUUUUCUAGUGUUGCAAACUGCAGGUAACUAUCCCCCCCCCAAAAAAAGUCCUGGUUUCCCUGAAAUCCUAUUUGAGGGAUUCUGGAUUUCCUACUUAUUUCUUCCUGAUUCCUGGAUUCUUCCAACCCGGGAUUUCUAUAAAAGCUGGGAAUUCUGAGAGUCACCUACCCAUCUGUUACUAUGGGACAGAGCACACGUUUCUAAGUAACUACCAGAAGAAGAAGCAGACAAACUAGGAUAGAAGCUGUCAGUACGAAUCGCAUUAAAGCUAUAAGACAAGAAGAGUUGCACUUAUUUUGUCCCCCUUGCCGCUCGCUCACAUUCCAUCCGUCGAAUCCCUGGAAAACUAUGUCCAUUUCAUCCCUCCAUCCUUUCCAAAGAGGAACUGGACUGUAUCCUUUCUCACCUGGUACUUGUCCAGUUGGUUUGUACGUCGUGCUCGGGGACGGUGGCGAAGCGUGUGUCCCCCCACCCCAUUCUGGUAUGUCAUCCACAGUGUCUCUUUGAGACCCUUUCUGGAGUCUGGUGGACUGUCCCCUGCUUCGAGACCCUCUCUGGAGUCUGGUGGACUGUCCCCUGCUUCGAGACCCUCUCUGGAGUCUGGUGGACUGUCCCCUGCUUCGAGACCCUCUCUGGAGUCUGGUGGACUGUCCCCUGCUUCGAGACCCUCUCUGGAGUCUGGUGGACUGUCCCCUGCUUCGAGACCCUCUCUGGAGUCUGGUGGACUGUCCCCUGCUUCGAGACCCUCUCUGGAGUCUGGUGGACUGUCCCCUGCUUCGAGACCCUCUCUGGAGUCUGGUGGACUGUCCCCUGCUUCGAGACCUCUAUCUCCACUCGGCCUCUAGAGGAUCCCUGCUUCCAUCCUUGUAGAGGCACGGCUCAUCCAGAGUCAAUGCUCUUAACCUCUCCCACCCAGCAACCUCCUCUCACCUCUCCGCUGACCUCUAAUCUCUUAUAGGGCACCAUAAUCCCUGGUUCCACUUCCACAAAGUGCUGCUGCACAUCUUGCCCCUGCACAUCUUGCCCCAGCACAUCUUGCCCCUGCACAUCUUGCCCCUGCAUGAGUCCCUGUCUCUCCCCGGCUGACCUCUCACCUUCCUGCUGCAGUGUCCCCCAUCCCUGUCUCUCCCCGGCUGACCUCUCACCUCACCUCCCUCAGCUCUGAACCUGUUACCGGUCUAACUAUGGUCUCCAUGGCCUCAUCCUUCUAACCUGAGCUGUGUUAUAGCUGCUGCUGUUUAGACAGACAGACAUAUAUAUUCUUAGCGACUAGCAGCUUUGACAUGCUUCUCCGUUGUCUUCGGGGUCAGUCCAGCCACUGAGAGUAACAUGACAUAACGUGCCUUUUUACAUUGAUUCAACUCUGUGCUUUUUAUAUGUCAUUUACUCAAAUGUGAUAAUUUACCAGGGUCGUGUUCAUCAGGGCACACAGUAACUAAACGUUUUAAAUCAUUUUGCUACCCCCCCCAAAAAAAGAGAGUUUGUUAUUGGAUAAGUUGGAAGAGUACAUCUGUUUUCAGACGUUUUCUUCUGUUACGUGCCUGCUGAACACAAUCCCGAUUUUCUAAUGUAUUUAAGAAGUCAUCUGUAAAAUCAUGUUGAAGAAUCUUGACGUAUACAAAUUGAGGUUUUGUUUUUAUAGAUGUGUGGAUACCCUAGUUCAAUAAGACAUUAUAGCAUCUCAUUGUUGAGCGGUCGUUUCUGAUUGGCUUGAAGAGCAUUCUAGAGCGUGCGUUACUUCCCUAAAACGCGCUGUGCAUAUCAUCACGGUUGAAUUCAAUGGCUUCCGUUCAGUCUUACAUGUUUUUUGUUUUUAAGCUGAUUUUUGAAAGCGAAAGUCGAAUUGUGAACAGUAUUGGCGGUGUUGAAUUCAAUUUUCAUCAUAGCAAACUAGGACUUUUUAGUUUGGUUUAGUUAAACUAGCGAGUCUGUCUGUUUGGUUACCACGGCAACCGCCGUAGCUACCUAGUCAACUCGCUAGCUUCUUCGGUGGGACGUUGAACACAAUUUCUACCGGCAAAAUGUGUUCAAUUACAGUCAUGGUGUCAAUGGGAUAAUCGACUCGGGGGGGGGGGCUAUAUGUGUUCUCUGGAGAAUAAUGCAACUCCGUGGGAGGUCAGUUCCACUCUACUAGGACCUUUUCACGGCGCUUAAUUAUUUUCCAUAGAACACACAGCCCUCAUUGAUUAUCACUUACAUAUAUGAUGUGUGUGUGUGUAUAUAUAUAGUGAAGAGAUGCUGCUUCACGUUAUAUCAUUGUUAUUUUUAGGUUUAUUUAUUUCUGUCUGUCAUAAAACACCACCAGCUCCGCUGUUCAAAAUGUGUUCAUAUAAUUUUUACUGGAAUAAAACAUUAACAAGUCUUCCACCACAUCUAAUAAAAUGGACAACAUUAAAAACA